AUGCCAUCCAUAGAAGAAGGUCAAACUUCCAUUAUUACCGUGGGGAACUUGAAUUUCAUCAAUGACCCAACGAUAUUGACUUAUGAUGAAGUCCAAAUCUCCAUGGAAUUGUACUUAAGAUUGUUUUCCAAAGAGUCUAACAAUAAUUAUGUGUUGGUGAAAUUCUUAGGAUCAGAUUAUUUCCACGAUUUUAAGUUAUAUAAGAUCAACAGUAUAAACCAUGACUCCCAUUCCAAUGAUAUUACGUUCUUAAAUAACUCCUACUUGCUUCAAUUCAACAAUCAGAUAACUAUGACUACUUGUUUAGUCCAAUCCAUUAAUGAAGAAGAUAUUCCUGAUUUAGAUAACAUCUAUGUUUCCGUACCCACUGAAGUGUACAGCAUCUUGAACUCCAAGACCAGUGAUUCUAUUCGAUCCAGUUUCCUUAAUAAGUUCUUGAAAUCCGAUGUUGUUUCCAAGAAUGAUAUCAUUAGAUCAAUCAAUGGUGAGGUGAUAUUAUGUGAACCUGUUAAUCAAGGAAGAAUCAAUGAGAACACCAACAUUUUCAUCAUCAAACAUGAAGUGGAGAAUAAAGUCGUUCCGGUAGAAGAUAGUGAUGAUGAAGAUAAUAUUCAGUUGUCAAACUAUUUGACUUCUUCCUUAAAUCUUGAUAUUGAAGAUGUUCAGUACACCAAAUUCAAGAUAAAGACCUUGAAAAGAAAAAUCAUUGAUUCUCCUAUUUGGAAGAAGGAAGAUGAUGAAUUGUUUGUUUAUUUGAAUAAUAGUGAUUUGGUUAAGUUAGGUUUCCCUAUAUUCAAUGGAGAUUCUGUAUGGUUGAACUAUGGUGAAGAUAAGCUUUUGGUGAAAUUAUUCACCAUUAUCGAACCUAACAGAUCUUUAGCCUCGGGGUUUUUGUACGUAUCACCAAUCUUAUCCAUAAACUUGAAUUUAAACAGUCACUCAGAAGUCAACUUAGAGCCAUGUAAACUGAAAAGUCUUCAAAUUUCAAAUAUUGUCCCCGUAGCCAAAUCAGUCACUAUUUCCAGAAUUGCAUCACCAAUCACAUUAGAUAAAACCUAUCAACAACACUUCUUUUCGGGCUUGAAAACAUCUUUCCAUUCGGCUUUCAAGAUCAUUAAAGCUGGUGAUUUCUUACCUAUCACCAUUGACUCCAUUAUUUCAAAAACCAUGUUCGAUUUAGCUAGUGAAGAAGAUACUAUUCCUACGGGAGAUCCUGACUCAGUGGCUUGGUUCAAGAUUAAUGAAGUUUUAGGAGAAGAUGAUCAAACCGGUCAAUUCAUGAUUGAUCCUUUAAAGACUAGAAUGAUCUUAUCAGGAGUCGAAUUUGUAAGACUUCCUUGCAAUGAGUUCCAUAACUGGUAUGAGUAUUUAUCCUUACCACCAUCAUUCAACUACAAUUCAUUGCUUGACAGUGGGAACUUUACCUACGCCAAAACCUUGAAGAAAAUCUUAUUGACUAACCUUAACUCCAAGAUCAAUUUGAAGACCACCAUUUUAUUACAUUCGAUGUCUCGUGGAUUGGGUAAGACCACCUUAAUUCGGAAUUUGACAAUGGAAUUGGGGAUCAAUUUGAUAGAAUUAGAUUGUGUCAAUUUCAUUAACCCUGGUAGUGAAUUGAAGACCGUGGGUUUGAUCAGUGGUCAAAUAGAUAAAUUGUUAAGCACCGAACCUAAUGAUUCAUCUUUUAAUGUCAUUUACUUGAAACAUAUUGAGAACUUAUGUGUGGAAAUCAAUGAAAACGAACAAGGAUCUAAUGUUUCAACCUCCUUGACUUUGAAAAUCAUCACUAUGUUGAACUCAUACUUCUCUCGUUCAAACGUCAUCAUUGUUUUCAGUUGUAAUGACAUCGAUAAGUUAAAUAACAAUUUAAGAUCAUUGAUCAAGUUCCAGAUCAAUUUCAAUGUUCCUAAUGAAUCGGAAAGAUUCGAAGUAUUCAAAUUUUUGAUCAACAACGAGUUCAUUGCAGAAACUAACUUUGUGGAUGAAUCCAAUGGUUGGACUGGUAAUUAUAAACAGUUCCCAUUUGGUAUAAGGAACGAUGUCAGUUUCCAGAAUUUAGCUUUACAAUCAGCAGGUUUGACACCGAGAGAUUUGAUUUCCAUAGUGAAGAAGGCUAAGAACCUUGCCACUAAAAGAAUUUCCAAACUUUGUAAAGUUGAAGGUAAUAAGAAUCUUAUUAUGGAAAAAUUGAUUAAAAUUGGUAAUGGAGGUAUCAUCACAUUAAUACCUGAAGAUUUUAAUAAAGCCAUUAAUGAUGCUAGAAACCAAUACAGUGAUUCUAUUGGAGCACCUAGAAUCCCUAAUGUGAAAUGGGAAGAUAUUGGAGGUUUAGAUUUGGUUAAAGAUGAAAUCUUGGAUACCAUUGAUAUGCCUUUGAAACAUCCAGAAUUGUUCAAUAAUGGAUUGAAGAAAAGAUCAGGUAUCUUGUUCUAUGGUCCUCCUGGUACAGGAAAAACCUUAUUAGCCAAAGCCAUUGCAACCAAUUUCUCCUUGAAUUUCUUUAGUGUUAAAGGUCCGGAAUUGUUGAAUAUGUAUAUUGGGGAAUCAGAAGCUAAUGUUCGUCGAGUGUUUCAAAAGGCAAGAGAUGCUAAACCAUGUGUUAUUUUCUUUGAUGAAUUGGAUUCUGUGGCCCCUAAAAGAGGUAAUCAAGGAGAUUCUGGUGGUGUUAUGGAUAGAAUUGUAUCACAAUUGUUAGCGGAAUUAGACGGUAUGAGUGGUGGAGGUAGUGAUGGUGAGGGAGUGUUCGUUGUUGGAGCUACUAACAGACCUGAUUUGUUGGAUGAAGCUUUAUUGAGACCUGGAAGAUUUGACAAGAUGUUGUAUUUGGGUAUUUCCGAUACUGAUGAAAAACAAGUCAAGAUCCUUGAAGCAUUAACCAGAAAAUUCAAACUCUACGAUGAUGUGGAUUUGGAUAAGAUAGCUGAAAAGUGUUCCUUCACAUUCACUGGUGCAGAUUUUUAUGCUUUAUGUUCUGAUUCCAUGUUGAAUGCCAUGACCAGAAUCGCUAAUGAGGUCGAUAAGAAGAUCAAACAAUUCAACAGUGAUAGAGUUUCGGGUGGUGAACAAGAAGUCUCUACUAGAUGGUGGUUCGAUAAUGUUGCUACUAUUGAUGACACUGAUGUUGUUGUGAAGAUGGUAGAUUUCUUAAAAGCACAAAAUGAUCUAGUACCUUCAGUUAGUGCUGAAGAAUUGGAUCAUUAUUUGAAGAUCAGACAAAACUUUGAAGGAGGUAAGAAGGCUGCACAAGGUGAAGCCGUACAAAAUGGAUCAAAUGGUCAUGAAGAGUUUGCCAAUGGAUUACAAAUAGGUUCCAUUGAUCUCAAUGGGGUUGAACUUAAUGGUGCUGAACUUAAUGGAACCGAACUCAAUGGAGUUUCUAAUGGAACCGGACUCAAUGAACCUGAACUCAGAACCGAACCUACGUCAAACGGGCAUUAA